GAGCCAAGUAUAAAUCGAAUUGGCGAAGUAGUAUAGAGGAUAUCCUCGAGGUCGUAUUCCCACGGGCACUUUUGGUUCAAGGACUAACUAACCUAGAUAAGAAAGAAACAACCAACUAAGUAGUAUGAAGGUCGCUAGAGAUGAUAGUUUAGUAUCGAAUCCUUAUAGUAGUAGGAUGGGUAUAUGAUUUAUGCAAGCCCUAGCCCAAUUUAUGUAAAUCCGGGGUACGGGUACCUUGGCCGAUCUUAACCAUUCAUUUUCAAUCUCCACGGCUCACGUUUGUUAAACCUAACUGCGCCAUUAAAUAACUAAACAAAAAGCCUCCUUACGCGUUAAGAUUGUUUUCAUCCUAGUCCAACUAACUGCCCCGAUUAAAUUAAAUGGAUUAAGACUGCAAACCCAAUUGGGUAGACCCACUGCCGCCCUAACCAAUUUCCAGUCUCCCUAACCAAUUACACGAUCUCUCUCUCGUCUUGGAGGGACACCCCUUCACAGUUCCAAGAGAAGCUCCCCAUCCAAUUUGAACUCCCCAACUUAAUCAUCUUUUUGAAUCCCAAUUACUUGCAUCCACAUUCGACGUAGUUUGAAUUUCCCAAAUUAUUUUGUCUUGUUUGUUCUUCCCCAUUUUAUUUCCCUUCGCCUAUCUCUUUUUAACACGAUUACGGCGACCAUGUCUAUUAUUGUGUUCAUCAAACUUUUCAUUUUGCUAACCCUAGGGUUCAUGUCGCUAGUGCUUUGUCAUCUUGUCUUGCCGUUAUUGUCAUUUUCUCGAAACUUCUAUCACUCGGUGAAAUUAAGGUUUCAUGAUAUUUAGUGUUCGUCUCGCCCAGAGGAUUGAGGAAGGAGAUGAAGAAGACAUAAUUUGAUUCGAAUCGGAUGGAGAGGUCUCCUUAAUUUGUGUUUAUGUAUUAACUGUGCGUUUAGGACUAAUUCUAGUUGGACUGGGUCUGAUCAUUGAUUUUUGCAUGCUUUUAAAUAAUAUUCAAAAGUGGGCUUGUACAUGAUCCAUGAAAUAUUCAAAAGUGGGCCUGGAACGUGCGAGCCCAUUUGAUUUCUCCUGCCGUAUCAAUUCGUGCGCCAACCCUACUUUAACUAGCUUUACUUACCCUAGUUUAACCUACACGAGUUACCAUCAUCAUUACAUAUCUUCCGAAAUCUUCUAACUCUUGACAUUCCAGACUCAACCGUCUCCAUCACACUCACGUCUCCAGACUCAACCCCCACGAUCACUUUUUCUUACACCUACAUUCUCUCUCUCCUCCAUCUUCACCUUCCCCUUGUUCCUUAUUCCUCCAGACUCCAUGGCAAACAAAAGUAGAUCGUUUGUGGAAAUGGGGAUACUAUCUAUAUCAAAUGAAGACUGUCGAUCCACCGCCACCCUCGGUGACUAUCUUUCAUUUACAAGGAAAACAACAAUUGUGGCCGAGUACGAGUUCAUCCACCUAAGUCCAUUCCCUCCAGAAGUGAAGACGUUAAUAAAAAAUCUUGGCUGGGAAAGUUUCUUUGAUCUCCGGAGUCGAGGAAGCACCAGUUACUUCCCCCAUGUGGUGAGGAAGUUCUACCACAAUCUACAUCUUAUUGGUCCCUGUGAUUCUCAUCUCGUGUCGAUCUUCCUGGGACAUAGAGUCUGCUUCCAGCCUCAUCAGUUUGCUGAGAUCCUUGAUAUUACCGCCGGAGGACACCCCAUUGAGAGCAGAAGCGAUCUUGGGCGGCUGUACGAUUUUGAGUUUGAAGUUGAACUGCGAAACUCACGAAGGGGCGCAUCCAGGCUUCUUUCCUCCCAGAUCCUCUUCGAUUCCUCCACUGGUUGAUGUUAGCAUCAACUUGACAAAGGCAGAACAUCUUGAUUCAACUUGAAGACCAAGGCAAGAUUCAAAUAUGAAAAUCAAGGUGGAAAAUCAGUGGCUGUCCCAAAAGCAAUUGAGGCAAGUUUACAAACCAAAAAGGAGAAAGAAUAUAAACUUACCAUACUUGAAGAUCUCAAGGGAAUUCAAAUUCUCAACAGCUACCUUGCAGCCUAUAAAAGGCGAUUUGAAGGAAGAGCAAGGCAACCUUUCAAGAGAUCAACAUAGCUAGCUAAGACAAAAGGGGAUUUUGUGAGAGUAGCAAGGUUGAUAGGAAAGGGGGUUUUCUCAAAGGGUUCGGGGAGAAUUGCUUUGAGGGUUAGUGUUGGGGAAACACUGGUUUCGAGUUGCUGGGGAAGCAAUUCGGGUUUGAGAAAAGAGAGCUAGAUCAAUCGGGUAGAGGUUGAUCAAAGGGCUCUGAUAGACCGAUAAUUACACGUAUUUUCACCCCUAUUCUUGAGCCGUUUGAAAGGUUAAUUCUCGGGUUUUAAGCCGAUUUCACGCGAGGUUGUGUGUUUAUGUCACAUUUCAGGACCCAGCGUUGGAAUCAAGGCGAAGGAACGAGAUUCGGGUCGAAAGGAGCAAACGAGGAUUGAAGUGGGCUGGAGGAAGAAAAUACCCGGCCAUGACCGAAAAUACCCGGCCGGGUAUAUUUCUGAAGAGGCCGGGGAUUUCUCUUUUUGGCGUCUGAGAAACAGAAGGGGGCCCGGGAAAAUGCCUUAAAUCCCCGGUCGGGGAUUAUGAGGACAGACCGGGGAUUUUCCCCUUAAAUGAAACGGUGAGUUUUGCAAUACCCGGUCGAAACCCAAAAUACCCGACCGGGUAUUUCGACCGGGUAUCGCGACCAGGCAGCUGAUAAAAGGAAGAAGAAGGCCAACAUUGAGGGGAUUCGAGUUUUAGAGAGAGAGAUCAGUUCCUAGAGAGAGAAAGUGACGAGCAAGAGUUCCCAAGUGCCCUAGAUUGAUCUUCAACACCAUUGGAGGCCAGUUUGAGCUUGGAGAAGUGCCAAUCAACGUCCAGAAGCAGGAAUCCAUCCUUCGCAGUAUGAAUUCCGUGUCUGAUUCUGCUUUUGCUUUCUUCUCUAUGGAGUAGUUCUCCCAUUCAUCUGGGUAUGGAGAACCCUAGAUUUGUAUGUUAGGCUUUGAUUGUAUGAACCCAAGUACUGAUUCUAUGAUUGAUUAUAUUCAAUUGAGGUUUUAACGAUUGAAUGACUUGAAUCCUGAUCAAAUUCCUGUUGUUUCUGCUUUAACCUAGAAUGAGAAUAUCUGCCUAGGUUAAUAGAGUAUCCUUGAUUGA